AUGUCGGAGGAAGCGAGCGCGGGCUCUGCCUCCGCGUCACAGGCCUCACAGGCCUCACAGGCCAGUGCUGGUGGUUCUUCCUCGGUAGACCAGGGACCUGCCGCUACCGACCCGAAGGCUUCAGGAGAGGCUAUCGACGAGAUGCUGGCCGCAAAUGACCCCGACAGCAAGAAACGCAAGUACCCAGAGCCCGGCUUCCCAACUGAAAGGCGUAUCGUCGAGUGGGUGCGCGACGAGGAAUCGCUCAGAGCCAACGUCAGCGCCAACCCCAAGCUGUCUAAGGCCAAGCAAAUUCACGCUGGAGGCAAAGCUUCGACAGCCGACAUCGAAGAAGCCCGGGUGGAAUUCAUCAACGAUCAGCGCAAGCAUCACGUCGGCUGUGCCGGGGAGGCGUUGGCUUUCAAGUCCAAAUUCAAGAGCUGGUACCAACGUUUCCGCAAACGGAACAAAUUCAGCAUCCGCCGGCGUACAAGCGUGGGCCAAAAGCUACCGAAGGGACACGAGGGCAUGGCGUGGGCGACGUUGAUGAAGCUGCGUAAGGCUCUCCUGGAGCGUGCUGUCGAGGUCUACGCUCAGCGCUCCCCGCCUGCACCUGGCAAGAGCCCCAUCAGAGGGGAGGACCUGAGUUCAUCGCAGCUGGAGUUGGUGGCCGACGAACUGUUCGAAGAACUGGGCAACAUGGACCAGACGCCAGUCCAGCACGAGAUGCCGGUGGAGACGACUCUGGGAAAGACCGGUGCGAAGGAUGCCCGCAUCGCCACCGGAGGAAAAGAGAAGGAACGCUUCACGCUCUGCCUGGCUGUCUCGGCGGAUGGCAAGAAGGUCCCGCUGCGCAUCAUCUUCAAGGGUACGCCUUUCGUCCCGCCUGCCACGCCCGGGAAGGGAAAGGCGACUCAGCCGCGGAAGAACUCUAUCGCGUGGGAGGUACUUCCUGCGAACCGCUCCAAGCACGGGCUCCCCGUGGGAGGCAUGUCCUUUGGAGUGCAGGAGAAGAGCUGGUGUGACCUGCGGGAGUGCAAGCUCUGGAUCAAGGACAGCUGGAAGCUCCGUCCCAACAACGGCAGCAUCGUCCGGCAGCGCCGAUGCAUCUUGGUGCUGGACGACUUCAAGGACCCCAAGACGGGCAAGCUGGCACCGCCGGGGCGUGGGGCCGUCGCUACUUGGUGCAAGAACGCGUGGGCAUCCAUCACCCCCGAGACAGUCAAGACUUGCUUCAAGAUCUGCGGCCUCACGCUCGCGCUCGACGGCAGCGAAGACCACGCCUGGUGCCUGCACAACUUCGGGGACGGCUACCGCGAGCUCCUGGAGCAGCAGCGCGUCGAAUGGCUUGCGGAACACCCCAACGUGACUCUGCCGCCGCUCCAACUUCCGAAGGUACCAGCCGAAUCAACCGCCAAUCACAUCGAGGCUGCAGCAAAGGAGCUCGAGGCGGGGCUUUUGCCUCGCGGCGACGACAGCGACAUCGAGAUUGAGGAUGACGACAGCGAUGUAGAAGUCGUGGAAGGGGCGGGGGAUGAAGAAGUGAUCGAGCUGUAA